UCAAGUAAUGCGACGAAAUAACGCUAAAUGGCGUUAACCUCAAUUAUACAUAGUGAAAACUUCUUAGCGGCGCUGUGCAAUGUCAUUGAGUUUUCCCGUGUACUCCCGGAGUGCAAGCCGUUGUUUUUUUUUUCAGACGUCACCCUCGAAAAACAGAAGAAGACUGCGAAAGAAGGCGAAGCUGUGGAGGAGACAAUCACAUUCACUGGUGAAAAGAAAACUGAAGUAUCGGAGGUACGCGUUAACGGGCAGGUGGUAGAAAAGAAAGGGGACAAGGCGGACGUCCCAAGUUAUGAGGUAGACGAGGAGAAAAAGACCAUAAAGAUCUCGGUUCCCAAACUGUCUGCGCAAUACGCGGGGCACUACCAAGUGAAGUUCAAGGUCGAAGAAGCAGAGGUUACCAAGACUAUUUUGGAGGUCGAAAUGGAAGCUGGGGCUGCAGGUCAAGAUGGUGGCGGCGCUGCAACACCAUCCGCAGAUGUCAAGUUAGAUAUCUCAGCCAAGACCUGCAAAGUUGACGAAAAGUGCGAAGUUGGCGAAACAUCGUUCACCUGUGAAGACUGCAAGCUCAGUGGUGUGAAGUGUAAUGGUGCUGACGCGGCUGCUGAUAAAGUCAAGGUCGAGGAUAAAAAGAUCACUUAUACGUUUGAAAAGUUCGCAGAUACGGACGCUUGUGUGUACAUGGGACAGUUUGAAGUAGGCGGCAAAGAGCACAGUCAACCGGUUGCUGUUGUAGAGAUUUAAUUUUCAGACAUUACGGUCGAGGUACAAAAGAAGACAGCAAAACCAGACGAACCGUUUAGUGAGAAAAUCACAUUUAAGACUGAAAAGGAUGUUGACGUAGAGGAGGUCCAUGUUAACGGGAAAGUUGUGGAAAAGAAAGCAGAAGAUGGUUUUCAGGUGGACAAGGCAGGAAAGACCAUAACAAUCACGAUACCCAAGAUGACCGCGGACCUCGCAGGCCACUACCAAGCCAAGUUCAAGGACGGAGACGCGACCGUCACCAAGAACAUUAUGGAGGUCACACU